GAGGCGACCAAGGCAGACGGAAACACAUGCGGAAGCGGAUUAGUAACGUGGGUGGGAAGGGCGAGGAAGGCGUGAUGUGCGGGACUGAGAGAAGGAAUGCGAGGAAUGGCAGGCACGGCGGGCAGUCAGCGAUAUGGUUGGUCUUUUGCUAGAGUCGCACAUAAGAGGGCUGGUGGACGAUCUAGAACCUGUCCCGGAGCCGUGGCUUUGCGCGUCCUUGCACCUCGCGCCUGGCACCCUCCAGGCCCGCCGCUCGUUUUGGUGGUGACUCUGCCGGCGCUGCUAGCUGCCUGGCGCGCGUUCAAAAGGACAGCGGGCCCCGACCGGUGCUGCUGUCUCGACGUGAGGCUCGUCGUGCUGCGAGCUGGCCACAUGCUCCCAAAGACGGUCCCGCCGCCUUUCGCCUUGGACGCUGGGGCAGAGUUUGAGCGUCGAGGAACCCUGGUGGCUUCGCGCUACCCCAGUAGCCCCUUCCGCUUCGGCCCCUAUGCAAACCUCGCCCGCACAGUCGCCGCCGACGCUCACGCCUGGCCCUACGCCAUGACGACUACAGUCGCCCGUACAAACAUGCACAUUACCCUUUCGCCGUCGUCUUUUCUUUUUGCCCAUCCGCAAGUCCAUGGCCAACAUGCUUUAUUGUGGCGCCCCAAAGCUGCCUGCCUGCUGCUCAACAAUUACCACGCCGCUGCGCCCACCGACGUUCGCGCCCUCCAGCCUUCACCCAGCUUGACGUCAGCGGCUCCCGCUCUCACGCAGCGUACCGCGCCCGUUUGCUGCUCUCGCAUUCCCCAUGAAGCCGCACUGCCGUCGUGCAGCACAGCGUUUGUAGAGGGACAGCGCCGCACCGGGCUUAGCGCCGCCGCUUAA